AUGAACAACCUGGAGGAAGGGGUGGAGUUCCUCCCUGCCAUGAACUCCAAGAAGGUGGAGAAGCGCGGCCCGAAGCGGCGGGUGGUCGUCGCCGUCACCAUCGUUGUUCUCCUGCUCGUCUCCCUCGUCACCGGCCUCCUGGUCUGGCACUUCAAAUACAGGAACGCGCCCGUCCAGAAGGUUUUCAAUGGCCACUUGCGGAUUCUGAACUGGGAGUUCAUUGACACGUACGAGAACUCCAGCUCGCCGGACUUCAUCCUGCUGGCCAAGAAGGUGAAGAGCACGGUGGAGGAGAUCUACAGGAAUCAUGCAGAUAUUGGCCCUUACCACAAAGAGACAGUGAUCACUGCCUUCAGCGAAGGCAGCGUCAUCGCCUACUACUGGUCGGAGUUCCUCGUCCCCAAGUAUCGGGAGCAGAGUCUGGACAGGGCGAUGAUGAACAAGCAGAACCUGGUCCAGAACUGGAACCCCCGCCUGCGAAACCCCAUGCUGAAGGUGGAGUCGAUCGUCGCUUUCCCUGCCGACCCCAGCAUAGCGAACUCCGGACGGGACAACAGCUGCAUGUUCGCCCUCCACGCCAAGGAAGGGGAGAUCACCAGUUUCACCACGCCGGGCUUCCCCAACAGCCCGUACCCCAACAACGCGCGCUGCUACUGGACGCUGAGGGCGGACGCCGGCUCCGUCAUCAGCCUGACCUUCAAGACGCUGGAGCUGGAGCAGUGCCGAGAGGACAGCGACUACAUCAAGGUGUACAACUCUCUGAGCCCCGUGGAGCCCCACGCUUUGGUCAGGCUCUGUGGGAAUUACGCCCCUUCCUACAACCUGACCUUCCUGUCCUCCCAGAACGUCAUGCUCGUCACGCUGGUUACCAACAAGGAGGGGAGAUUCCCCGGCUUUAAGGCUGAGUUCUUCCAGCUCCCGAAGAUGAAGGCCUGCGGUGGGACUCUGAAAGGAGAGAGCGGCACCUUCACCACUCCCUACUACCCGGCACACUACCCCCCGAGCACGGACUGUGUCUGGAACAUAGAGGUCCCCUCGAAAAAGAACGUGAAGGUGCGUUUCAACAUGUUCUUCGUGCUGGAGCCCGGCAUCCCCGUCAGCUCCUGCACCAAGGACUACGUGCAGAUCAACGGCACGAGGCUGCGGGGACCGUUGGGUGCCGUGGGGAAGGGACGCAGAGAGGGGCUCACGCGUCGUUUUGUCCCUUUUUCCCCGCCCUCAGCCUGCCCUGGCAAGUUUACCUGCAACACCGGCCGCUGCAUUGACAGGAGCAUGCGCUGCGACGGGUGGCUCGACUGCGUCGACGGCAGCGACGAGAGGUCCUGCACCUGUACCGACCAGCAGUUCAGGUGCCAGAACGGCUGGUGCAAGCCCAAGUUCUGGCUCUGCGACAACGUGGACGACUGCGGCGACAACAGCGACGAGCUGCAGUGCGGCUGCGCGGCCGACAGCUUCAAGUGCAGCAGUGGGAAGUUCUUCCUCAGCGCCCAGACGUGCGACGGCAAGGACGACUGCGGGGACGGGAGCGACGAGGGCAGCUGCGACAAAGCGGUGCGGACGACGGUCGCCUGCAAGGAAUACACCUACAAAUGCCGCAGCGGGAGCUGCAUCAGCAAGCAGAACCCGGAGUGCGACGGCGAGCAGGACUGCGAAGACAAUUCUGACGAGGAGAACUGCGGUGAUUCCUCGGCCGCCAGCCUGUGGACGGCCUACCUGGGCCUGACCGACCAAGGCAACCGCGACGGUGCCAACGUGCAGACGCGGAAGAUCAAGCGCAUCAUCUCCCACCCGUACUUCAACGACUACACCUACGACUACGACAUCGCCGUGAUGGAGCUGCAGAGCCCCGUCACCUUCUCCUCCGUCGUCCAGCCCGUCUGCCUGCCCGAUGCCACCCACAACUUCCCCGUGGGCAAGGACCUGUGGGUGACCGGAUGGGGAGCGACCACGGAGGGAGGCAGCGGAGCCUCCAUCUUGCAGAAGGCAGAAAUCCGGCUCAUCAACCAGACGGUGUGCAACCAGCUGCUGACGGACCAGCUCACGCCGCGCAUGAUGUGCGUCGGGGUCCUGACCGGCGGCGUGGACGCCUGCCAGGGAGACUCCGGGGGGCCGCUGGUCAGCGUGGAGGGCAGCAGUCGGAUGUUCCUGGCCGGCGUGGUGAGCUGGGGCGACGGCUGCGCGCAGAGGAACAAGCCCGGAGUCUACACCCGUGUCACCAGCUUGCGGGACUGGAUCAGAGAGCAGACGGGCCUUUAG